AUGCAGUCUCCUGGAAAAUCUCUGAAGGAAGCUCUGCUGUGUGCUCAGAGCGAGGAGCGACUCACUGUUGGAGUCUAUGAGAGCGCCAAAAUUAUGACUGAAGACCCGGACAGUGUGUCUUUCUGCGUCCUGGCCAUGGAUGAGGAGUUUGAGUGUGACAUCGCCCUCCAGAUCCACUUCACCCUCAUCCAGUCCUUCUGCUUCGACAACGACAUCAGCAUCGUCAGAGUGAGCGACAUGCAGCGUCUGGUGGAGAUUGUUGGGGACAAGGCGGAACAGUUUGAAGAUGCGCACUGCGUCCUCAUCACGAACCCGGCUGACGGGUCUUGGGAGGACCCCGCUCUGCAGAAGCUGCACCUGUUCUGUGAGGAGAGCAGGCAUCUGAACGACUGGGUUCCUGAGAUCAGCCUCCCCGAGCGCUGAUCUGGGACCUGCUCCUCACUCGCUCAGAUGCUGCAAAGCUUCUUAUCUGGAAAUACUCAUCCUGAUGGACAGGAUGACCCUGUUUCUGCUCAUCCCUGGAUACUCCUGAGGAGGAUUCCCGUCCAGGCAGCACGGCGCCGGCCCGAGGGGCCCCC